GUGAAAGUGACAUCCAAAAUUAGAAAGAAGAAAAUAACAAAACGACUCACCUUCCUCCAUGUGGCCUUGCCUUUACGUCGAAAUCGGUUCCUUUUUUUAUUGAGAUUUUCUUAUUUGGUCCAAUUUUUGUGCACAGUCUUGAUUUUAAUUACAGUAGAUCAGCCUUUAUGUGAACUGAUUUCUGGGGGAUUUUCCAUGAUUUCAUGGCAGUUCAGGAUUUUGUAGUUUGAGUUCAAAGAAUGAUGGGAAGUUGUAGUGACAGUGAAGAAGAAUGUUUCUUUGAUAGCCGUGAUGACAUCACUUCUGUCUCUGAUCUGGGUUCUGAUUGCAACGAGGCGUGCACUCGUGAUGGGGGUGAUGAGUGUGUUUUAGGAUAUGAGUUUUGGAAUAAGGAUUUAGAAAGUGUUGAUGAGCGUCGUGAUAGAUUUUUGAAAUGGAUAGGUUCGAAUUCGAGUUGGGACAGACCUGAUGGACAUGAUGAACACAGUGAUGUAAAUAGAAUUAGGGAUAGUGGUGAGACUGUGCUGGCGAAUUCAGAUUCUAAAGACAGUUGUUUCUCAGGUUGGUCUUCUCAAUCUUCCCAGUCUGAUGAAGCUUUGGAAUUGGAGGAUGAUGAUGAUGCAACAAAGGCGAGAUUGCAUUGCAAAAUUAGGAAUUUGGACAACGGAGUAGAGUUUGUUGUGGAUGAAUUUGGUCGGGAUGGUAUACUUAGCCAAGUACGUGAAGUAGGUUCGAACAGGUUGUUCACUGCUGAAGAGUUUCAGAGAACUCUUGGGUCAUCGCCUUUGGUUCAGAAGCUUCUGCGGAGAGUACCAGAUGGAAUUGAUACAGUUGAUGCUAAGAAAAAAGCUAAAAAGAGUUGGCUUCAAAAGAUCACUGUUGCAACCCAUAAUAAGGUGAGGUCAAUAGGAGACAAAGUGAAGGCUAAGGACUCCAAUUUGAAGCCAGGAAAUCACAUUCAUAGAGUUCGGGUCCACACUUGUAGUAAGGAGUCAAAAGAACUGUCCUCACUCUACACAGGGCAAGAGUUCUUAGCACAUGAGGGCUCAAUCUCAACAAUGAAGUUUAGUCCUUGUGGCCAGUAUCUAGCAAGUGCCGGCAAAGAUGGCACUGUGCGCAUUUGGAAGGUGAUUGCAGAUGAAAUUCCAAGCAACUUGAAUGUUCAGGAUAGCGACCCAUCUUGUUUAUACUUCUCACUGACUCAUCUGUCAAAACUAGCUUCGUUGAACGACAGUAGAGAGAAAAUUAAUGGGUCAAAAAUCAUGAAAAAGUCGUCGGAAUCAGCUUGCGUCGUAUUCCCGCCAAAGAUUUUCCGGAUAUUGGAGAAGCCAUUGCAUGAGUUCCAUGGACACAAGGGUGAGGUCCUGGCCCUUUCAUGGUCCAAAAAUGGGUAUCUGCUGUCAUCUUCAGUUGAUAAAACAGCUCGUCUCUGGCAAGUGGGGCAUGAUCAAUGUCUUGGCAUUUAUUCACAUAAUAACUAUGGUGAUCUUGACUUCACCUGUGUAGAAUUCAAUCCAGCGGAUGAUAACUUUUUCAUUAGUGGUUCAAUAGAUGGGAAAGUACGUCUCUGGGAGGUGCAUGGUUGCCGAGUAAUUGAUUGGACUGAUGUAAAAGAAAUAGUGACUGCUGUUUGUUAUUGUCCCAAUGGAAAGGGGGGCGUUGUGGGGUCCAUGGAUGGCAACUGUCGUUUUUAUGAUGUAGUAGGUACGAACGCAUAUUUGUUUUUGAAUCUUCUCUUUUUCCUCUUUUACUUUUGCCUCUCAUGGGGUCUUAACUCUUAUGUCCUAAGAAAUUUAACAACUCCGGAAAUUGAUUAUGUUUGUGUUUGAAUUGUUUGGAGUUGGUUGUUAUGGUAGGGGUGAUAUAUUCGCCGAGUAUAUCAUAUCCUACUGUACAUUAUACUCGGUGGGGGUAUGUUUUUGGUACACUUCUCUUUGUGUUUUGUGAGACAAGCUAAAUUCAUUGAUAGCGUGUUCUUUCUGCGGGUAGGUUGAAAUUGGCAAUUCAUCUUUUUCUGGAGGUGAGUAGCCUUUAUGUUAUAGCAAGUCUUUUGGCGUGCUAUGAUGUACGAAUAACUUACCGGUUUUAGUAUUUCGUAG